ACAAUCACAUCUUUCCUGCGUAAAAAUGAAAAAAGUUGCCACCAGAUCGUAAACCCCGUUCAGUUAGUCCAGAGGGACCAAGUGAAUGACUGUGUGUUCGGCCAAAUUACUCCGGCUAGAGAUCUAUGGGCUCCACACCUGUCUCUGCCCCCAGGCACAAGGCAUUCAGAUCCCUAGACGCGAAGGAUUACUCUUUACGGAGCCUGCAUCGCUGCAGUUUAGGGCCCGGGGAUUUUCCUGAACCAAUCCUCAGAGAGAGUUAUGGCCCAUGCACUUCGUCCAGUGGCCAGAUACUCCACGCGUGUAAACUGCUUAUUAUAAAGGGGUUUGUAUUUUUUUCCUUGCCGAUGUGGGAUUAUUUAAGUUUGCCUCUCUCCCUUCUGCCUCCUCUUUUGGUAUUCACGGACUAGUUAAAAAUGAAAUCCAAACAUCUAU